UGCUGACGGGGUUUCCUAACAGGCUAAAUUUUGGGCGACAAAAACAUCAUAUGAUUAUAAAUAGGCGUUACUUGUAUCUCGUGAUACAGGGAAAUAAAGAGUGGCAAACAACGAGCAUUUUCACUUCGGACGCCGACUGAAGCACUGCGAAGAGUCACAGAAAAAGGAAGAAACAUGGAUGUCCGCAUUGCUUUGAUCGUUUCGCUCUGCUUGAUGGGAUUCACCUGUGCGGAGCCAGUGAAAUACAAAGACUGCGGCUCCACUUCUGGCAAAGUGGCCAUGGUGGACAUUAGCCCUUGUGCCACUCAGCCCUGCCAGCUACAUAAAGGACAGUCCUACAGUGUCAAUGUGACAUUCAACAGUGCUGUGGAGAGCCAGACGAGCAAAGCAUUAGUUCAUGGUAUUAUUGCUGGAGUCCCUGUCCCCUUCCCCAUUCCUGUGGAAGACGGCUGCAAGUCUGGAAUCCAGUGUCCUAUUCAGAAGCAGCAGAACUACCACUAUCUCAACUCUCUACCUGUGAAGUCUGAGUAUCCUGCAAUAAAGCUGGUUGUGGAGUGGGAACUGAGAGACGACAACAACAAAGACUUUUUCUGCAUCUGUUUCCCAGUCCAGAUUGUGAGCUAAAUGUACAACAAUACCUCAGAUAAAUGUUUUUUUUAAAAGGGAUUCAGCUUUGAGUAAAACCUAAAGAGUGUUAAUGAUUCUAAAGAUUUCAUUUUAUUCAUUCACAAAUUGAUUUUAAGAUGUAUGUCUCUCACUGGUUUGCAAGACUUUGCUGCACACACACAUCUUAAAUCCUACUAGAACAAUAAAAAAUGUUGUUUUUUUUUUUCUUUGUGAUCUACUAAACAGUCAAUUAAGAGCUGUGGAUGUGAAAUAAUGCGGUUAAUGUUUGUGUCAAUGAACUUGGCUCAGCUACAUUCCACUACGAUGCAAAUGUCUUGGCUUACUGGCUGCUGUGUAGUCGGAAAA